AUGUUUCCACUUUAUAAUGAGUUUCUACUGCCCGCUGUGUCAAGUGGCCCCAGGAAAAAAUUUUCCCUGACUUAUGCUGCUAAGAAUUUGUCGCAAUUUGUUGCCGGAGAGAAACAGUUUAGCAAUGAAAAAGUAUUGUUUGGUAUCCCAUGGAGGUUGGUGGUCUUCGAAAACCACGAUGAAAUAGUCGGACUAUCACUAAGCUGUGGACAAUGUGUACAAGACUCGAGAAAAUGGUCAUUGUCAAUUGAAGUUGAGCUCAAAUUGAUGUCAAGCUCUGAGAAGGGUUUUAGCAAGGUCAGAAGGCUGCUCGUGAAAACGUUAACCAAAAUUGAGCUGCAACUUCUCGACACUGAAGACUUGAUAGAAAACUUUGUGUCCGCGGAAAGUGUGAGAAUUCAAGUUGAUGUGAAAAUUUUGGAACAGAAAGAAUUAAAAUAUGAAACCAAAAUUUUUGAACUAACUUACCCUAUUCAAAAUCUGGCAAGAUUUGAGAACAGAGAAUCACAAUCAAGUGAUGUAAGGGAGUGCUUUAAAGUUCCAUGGAGUAUCUUCGUUGAAAAAAACCAUGACUUUCUCAGCUGUCAUCUGAUGUAUGAAAAAGAGCUGUGCACUCCGAAUGACUGGCAUAUCCAGGGAGUUUGUACAUUUUAUCUGAAAUCUGAUGAAGGAAAAUCGUUCUGCAACUUCUAUGAAAUUGAUCUCAAAGGGCCUGGAACGUCGGGCGAUGAUCACUUUAUCAAAUGGGAGGAUCUGAUAAGGAAUUAUUCAAUCGACGAUAGUGUAACAGUGAUAGCUCGCGUGCAAAUCACUAGCUUGAAAAGAUCAUUCAUGAAGGAAGGGCCCAUUUCAAAGAGUUUCGUGAUCUCUCAACAAUUCGGUGGCAUUUCUAGCGUCUUGGAAGGUGAAACUCUCAUAGGCAGUGAGGAGAAGAGAUUCAAUAUUCCGUGGACAAUAAAAAUGCAACGCAGGUCGGGAUUUGUCGUGAUUUUUCUAUAUUGUCGGAGAAAAUCCUAUCCACAUCAAAUUUGGACGGUUUACGCGAAAUGCUGGUUCAAGUUGGUGUCAGCCAACGGGAAAAGUUUGAUGAGACUUCAAAAUGCUGUUUUUCAAUGCGAAGACACUUGUGAAUUGGAUAAGUUCACCAGAUGGGAGGAUAUGAUGACGGAUUAUGCGAUUGACGAUUAUGUGACUAUAGAGGCUCAUGUUGAAAUUUAUGAUAUUGUUGAAAAGGAUAUUGAUUUAUUGGCACCUUCACUGAGCAAUGCCCUGGAUGAACAGACUUUUUAUGCAGGAAGCUUCUUUUCAGCUUUCACAAUCAGUAAUAUUUCGAGAUUUGAAGAUGAUGAGAAACAAUGGGGUAAUACGGAAAAACGUUAUAAUAUUCCAUGGAGGCUGCGAGCGAAAAAAUCAUUUGAUUUUCUCGAAAUUAAUCUGUUCUGCGACGAAGAAAAUAUUAUGACUACCAAUAAAUUGGUAGAAGCGGAAUGCACAUUUUGUUUGGUGUCCUCUAAUGGAAAUUCCCUAAAACAAAAAUUGAAACUCUAUUUUGGAAGACCGGGUGGUCAAGGCGUCUGUAGAUUAGUUGAAUGGUCAGAGCUGGAAGAGGAUUAUGCGGUCAAUGACAGAGUGGUAAUCGAAGCGCAUGUGAAAAUUAAAAAGGUUCGAGAACUUUCACACGAACCUCUACCAAUUGAAAGAAGCUGUGUCUUGUCGCAUACUGUAAGAAAUAUUGCCAACAUGGAAGAAAGCAAUUUUAUUUUCAAUAUAACAGAGGAAUGGUAUUAUGUUUUAUGGGGCAUAUCUUUAAAGUGUAACAGUGGAUUUGUUGAGCUACAACUGAACUGGGAAAAUGAGCUCUUUGAGAAUGAAUCUUGGACUAUUCAGACUAGAUUUCAACUUUCGCUCAUUGGAGCUAAUGAAAAAAGAAUCACACAGUAUUUCGAGCACACUUUCGAUAAACCAGGCUCAAGUGGGGAUUCAAAGUUCUUGAGAUGGGAGGAUAUGGUGAAUAAUUAUGCGAUAGAGGACAGUGUCAGAGUUGAAGCUUGUGUGAGGUUUAUUCAUGUGAUAGCUACUCCUCCGCAGAAAUCAUUUGCAAUGUUUUAUACUCUCGGAAACCUCUCCAAUGUUCUGGAAGAGGAACAUCACUUCAGUCUAACCGAGAAGCACUUUGAGAUUCCAUGGAGAAUUUCGGUGCAACGAAAACGCAUGUGCAUUUUGAUCUACCUGCAUUGCGACAAGCCUUACAGCAACAACGAAGACUGGUCGAUUCAAGCUGAAGUACAUCUUAUUUUGGUUUCAGACACAGGAAGAACAUCUACUGAUAGGGUCACUCACAUUUUCGAAAAACCAGAAGGGAUAUGUUGGACGAAGACAUUAAAUUGGCAAGACAUGGAGAAGGACUUCAUGGUUGAUGACAGCGUUAGAGUUGAGGCUCGUGUUAAAAUAGUGGACGUCAAGAAAGUUGAGAAGAAACUCGCUAGAGUGGUUGAGGAUGCAAAAGCACCCCCCAAAGCUUCCAAAAAUUGA